CUCAAUAUCUAACACUUACAUUUGCGAGCGCUCGACGCGGUUACAGCUCAGCAAGUCAAUCUCGAGUUUGUAUCAUGGUAUAUGAUGGCGGAGCCGCUAAGCAUUAUCGCGUCUAUCGUGGGCAUCACUGGAGCAGGAGCCAGAACGGCGAUCUCGCUCUUCGCCCUCGCAGAGACGGUGAGCACAGCAAAUGAAAGGGUCCGGGGUAUCGCGGACGAUAUUAGUAGCACCUGCGGUAUCUUGAACCAACUUCGCGAUCUCGUAACGCCCCAACCCGGACCCAACGGCACUCACACCUCAGUUCUCAGCCCCACCGCGCUCUCCGACCUUUCCUCGGCCGUGCUCCGUUGCGAUAACAUCUUUCAAUCGAUUAAUACGGACCUUGAGCGAGCGACGAAGCAGAUUGGAGGCCUUUCUGAUCGCGGAAACGCCACAAUCGAACUUUCGCGCUCUGAGAAAGCAAGAUGGCCAUUCCUGCAGCCCCACUUCCAGGAGAUGCGAAACGAACUCCAGGUAUCGAAAAUUAACCUCAUGUUGAUGGCCUUCAUUGCUUAUUUAAAGAUUGGCUUGAAAGGAGAACCUGAGCGGCAGAUGGACGAGCAAGAGAUUACUGAGAUGAAGGCUAAGAUCAAGAGACUCCACAGAGCAGGAACACUCGCAGUCAGGGCCGUCGAUAAACAGAUGGAGGAGGGCAGUAAUAAGAACGUCAAAGGGCUGUUUCAAAAAUUUCGCUUUCAAAAGAAAGAAACCCAGAGGAAGCCAGAAAUUAGGAAUCGCGGAGGCUUUACUGCAAGUCCUACAGAAGUGGAGCCUCCUCAAUCGACCCCGGACGAGCUGCGACAAGAUCAAUCUACGGCUGCAAACUCUGAUUCGGCUCCUCAAAAUCAAACUACCACGGGUGGAACGAGGGUCGGCGCUCUGAGCAGCCCACCAACAGAUACUCCGCAGGCCGACAUGUCUACCGACGACAGCCCCGAGGGCCUCAUAACCACGGAUUGCCCGCCCCGAUCACCAGGUCCAGAAGCAAAGCCAGCGGAAUCCGAGAAUGUAGACCAAGUGGAAGGCCGUCAGUCAGUUGCGGACACCGCAGCAACCAAUACCUUACGCGAAGGAGAUUCCACCAAUGCCAUUGCCUUCACCGCUCGAGAUGCACGCCCAGCCGAGUCGACGCCCCCUGCAGAAAGAUUGUCACAGACUGCUUUGCCCCGUGAUGGUCAUCGGUCUGUCUCGUCUGCCGUAUGGGAUGAACCAUCCGCCGCUUCGAACUGGAAAACAUCCGACUCACAGCGAUCGUCUAGGAACGAAGCUCCGGAGAAGAGAGAUACAAACGAAACAAUUGAACCGAUCGCGGGAACUUUCAAUAACGAUGCAGAAGAUGCAGGAGGGGUGCUUCAAGCUUGGACGAUCGGCAUUCAUGACGGUCUCACUCUUGGUGACGACGGUGUCUUCGAUGUUCAUGAGGUUUCACUUCCUGAAGCUAGAGUCCUCGAUAUAUUAGGGGAUCACGAAACACAACAGAGUAGCCCUUUGGAAUGGUUAAGCAAGCUGAACACGUAUCAGCGGUGUCUAGUAUUCGAUCAUGUCAACAGACACGACUUAACUUUAUUGUAUGUGGGCACGUGGCGCAAUGAAAUCAUACCCACAGUCCUCGGCGAAUUGGAAGUUGCGAUUCUAAUCUGGAUCACGUCAGUAACCAGAGAAAGAGCGAUGCGUGCUUCUAUGUACUCUCAACGGCGCUUGGGCCACGAGGAAGAGACUCGCGAAGACGUAAGACUGCCGCCAGUGGAGGGAGCACUGGACCCCCAGAAAGCACCUUGGGAAAGAAGAAAGACGGCGAUCUACAAAGGAGGCGCUCAAGAAGACGAUACUCUAGGCAAAAGUACCGGCCCUAUCAAGUUCAGUGACCCUACCGGAAAGCAAUUUUCAUUCCCUUGGCAUUUGGCCAAGACAUGGAAGGGCAUGGAAUCUCUGAUCAUUGAUGCCCUCCGGCAUGAGGGUGGUUACCAGCUGCCCGUCAGCCAAGGCCAAUUUGACCUGCUCUCACCCGACGGUGAAGUUGUCCUCCCCAGAGUUUGGGAGUUCGUCGUACGCCCAGGUUGGACUGUUAAAAUGCGGAUGCGGCCGAAGUCCGAACAGCCAACUAAGCAGCCAGCUUUCCGACCGAAACCAUUAGCUCCAAAUCUUGAUGCUCUGAAUAUUGAUUAUUGGCCUAUCCCUGCACGGGUUACAAAGAGCAGCAUGCAUUCGCUUACCCUGAACCCGUUCUCGAAAUGGGCGCCCGGCCUCACACAAAAGAUGAAGAAAAGCCGGAAAAGUACUAAAGAACCAGAGGAGGCGGAUGACAAAGUUGUGGAGGAGUUGUUGCAGAGGUGGACGGUUGAUUGACAGCAAGAGCAAAAUGGGCAUUCCACAGUGUUUGAAGAAGCUCCAAUCGCAGAACUACACAUACUAUAGAGCACUUCUAAUCG